UCUCUUUUUAGUUUUAUGCUCGCUUUUCCAAAUUUAUUCUUGGUGUUAAUGAUUGUGAUUCAGUUUCACUUGUUGUCAUUGAUUAUUUACUUAAAAAGUUAUCAAAAAUAUUUGAAGUAUCGAAAGAGACUCAACGAUGUGUAAUGAUAAAAGUAUCUGAACCAAAAAAAGAAAAUAGAGUAAGGAGCUGUUACAAACGCAUAAAAAUAACUAGAAUGUAAUUGUGCUGCGCAGAAGUUGCGAGCCGACAGACAUUGGGUAUAUUAACAGGGACCGCGAGAUCAUUAAAAAAUCGAAAAAACUUUAUACUUCUCGAUGAUUUAUGGUAGUAUUGUGUUUGUGUCGUAUAGUUAAGGUCCGUCUAAGAAUAUAGGGAUGAUAUAAUAAAUAUAAUUAUAGUUACCAUUACAUGUCCGUCCUUUUGUAGAAAACCGAUGAUAUAGCGAAAGAACUAAUUCAUCAUGAUGACUUACUUACCUCAUAACUCUUAAAAAAACUUCCUACUAAUCUAUGCCGAUUUAUUCUUAUGAAUUCAAUUCAAUAGUGUAAUAUAUUACGUUCAUCAGCGGCUUUUCUUAUAUACAUUCAUUCUUCUGUUUAUCUAGCAGUGGCAAGUAUUUACUAAAUACUUGCCACUGUAAAUACUAUUUACAGUAGUCCAUUUUCUAACAACUCAUAAGAAUAUUUUCUUUUAUUUAAUCUAAUCUGGGUAUUGACCUACGAGAAAAUAAGGGAUCAAUUUUCAAAAUGGGAAAGGCUAAUGUUUCUUCUUUAGUCGUAUACCUAAAAGAGGAGAUAUGAUUUUUUGAUGGUAAAUUUAACUGUUCUCAGGUUUUUUUCCUAAUAUAUCCGCCAAUCUCAAUUAAUAUAAUUCUCAGCAUUUAAAUCUCUUUCUAUUUUUAUUUAUAAUUAUAAGAACAGAGAAUAAAAUUAUAUUUCGGCUUAAGAACAAAUGGCGCCGGACAAUCAACUCUUAUAGAUGUUAGAAGAGUUUUUAAGUCCAAAAAACAUUUUAGUUCUACUUGUGUAACUUAUGGCGCCGAGAUCUCCUCGUGCACAUUUUUCAAAAAAAAAUGACUAAACAAGAAAAAAAACUAGAUUACAAUUGCGCUGCGCACAAGUUGCGAUGUCAGCAGACUGCAUUUUUGACUGAACCUACCGCGUAGGCUGUGAGCAUUGCAUUUUUGCGUUGAUUUAGUCUUUGAACUGCUUAUAAUAUAAAAUAACAAUGAAGGAAAUUUGAAAAACAGAGGAAGAAAUUAUUUUUCGUUCUCUAACUAAAUGGCGCCGGACAAAGAUAAUAAUUAUCUAAAUCCAAAACACAUUUUUCUUCCACCAUGACCGUUGCUUGAGAGAAAAAUGUGCAUUGAUCAAUCCCCAACGUCGGAAGAAUAUUCUACCUUUUCCAGAACUUUUCUAGCUUCACAGUUAUCGCUAGAUCACGAGGUGCACAUUUUGCCUAAAUAGGGGAGAAAAUAAAAAAACAAAAUUCCUUACAAAAAUACAUAAUGUCUGUCAACAUAAUUAAUAUUUGUUUUUUAUUAGCCUGUUAGUGUUGUUGGCCUUCCGCCGUUACCUUUCAGACGAAACCAAUCAGAAGAGAAACAACAAAGACAGCUUCAAGAUUCUCGUCUGUUGACAGAGAAUAAUGAUGAACAACAACAACAACAACUAAACCAAACUCGUUCAUCGACAUCGCUUCUACGUAAAAAAUCAAUGCAAAUAACCACGAAUAAUAUAACAAUGCUCAAUAGUUCGAGGCCGCGUUCGAAAAGUUUUGAUUCUCGAACUUUUGAUUUGGGAAAUAAAUUAAUAACAAAUCCAUUUCAAAAAAUUCGUGGAAUGCUUAUGAAAUAA